AUGUAUGCACUGCCCUUAUUUCUCACCUGGUGCCCUUUUCCUUUCAUUGGCUGGAUUAAAGACCACCUCACCCCAGAGUAUGUGGUCAUCUAUUGGACUUCCUCUGUCUGGGAAGCUGUUGCCGAAGAUGGGUUCAAACUGGACGUGAAAGAUGCGGCUGUGACGCGGGUGACACCGGGUCGGGUGUAUAAACGGCGUCCCCCCCCUCAACCCCCUGCAUCCCCGCCACCGCCCUCCUCUUCCGGAUCUCCCGCCUCUGAGGCCCUGGAGGCGGACAGAGUGAUAUGCAGUUUUCGAGGAUCUGUCCCUCAAGGAUUGGUUUUAGAAAUAGGAGAAACAGUCCAGAUUCUUGAAAAAUGUGAAGGUUGGUACAGAGGAGUUUCAACAAAAAAGCCAAAUGUAAAGGGGAUAUUUCCUGCAAAUUAUAUUCACUUGAAAAAGGCUAUUGUCAGUAAUAGGGGGCAAUAUGAAACUGUGGUUCCACUUGAAGAUUCUAUUGUGACUGAGGUUACAGCAACUUUACAAGAAUGGGCCAGUCUGUGGAAACAAUUAUAUGUGAAACACAAAGUAGAUCUUUUCUACAAGCUACGUCAUGUGAUGAAUGAACUUAUUGACCUUCGAAGGCAGCUACUGUCUGGUCAUUUGACUCAGGAUCAGGUGCGGGAGGUUAAACGGCACAUCACGGUGCGCCUGGACUGGGGUAAUGAACAUUUAGGCCUGGACCUGGUGCCCCGGAAGGACUUUGAAGUAGUAGAUUCCGACCAGAUUAGUGUCUCCGACCUCUAUAAGAUGCAUUUGUCUAGCCGGCAAAGUGUACAACAAAGCACAUCCCAGGUAGAUACAAUGCGCCCACGCCAUGGUGAAACCUGUCGGAUGCCAGUGCCACACCACUUCUUCCUCAGCCUGAAGAGUUUCACCUAUAAUACCAUUGGGGAAGAUACUGAUGUCUUCUUUUCUCUAUACGACAUGAGAGAAGGCAAGCAGAUCAGUGAGAGGUUUCUGGUGAGACUGAACAAGAAUGGUGGGCCACGGAACCCAGAGAAGAUAGAACGAAUGUGUGCCCUUUUUACAGAUCUGAGCAGCAAAGACAUGAAGAGAGACUUAUAUAUUGUUGCCCAUGUGAUCCGAAUAGGCCGGAUGCUCCUGAAUGACUCCAAGAAGGGCCCUGCUCACCUGCACUACAGGCGACCAUAUGGCUGUGCAGUGCUUAGCAUCUUGGAUGUCCUACAAUCACUCACAGAAUUAAAGGAAGAAAAGGAUUUUGUUCUCAAGGUUUACACUUGCAACAAUGAGAGUGAGUGGGCCCAAAUCCACGAGAACAUCAUCCGAAAGUCCAGUGCCAAGUACUCUGCCCCCAGCGCCAGCCAUGGUCUUAUUAUUUCUUUGCAACUUCUUCGCGGAGACAUGGAACAGAUUCGGAGAGAAAAUCCCAUGAUAUUUAAUAGGGGAUUGGCCUUUACAAGAAAAUUGGGAUUUCCUGAUGUCAUCAUGCCAGGUGAUAUCCGCAAUGACCUGUACCUAACCCUGGAGAAGGGGGAUUUUGAGAGAGGAGGAAAGAGUGUACAAAAGAAUAUUGAAGUGACCAUGUAUGUGCUUUAUGCAGAUGGAGAGAUCUUGAAGGAUUGCAUCAGCUUGGGUUCAGGAGAGCCCAAUAGGAGUUCCUAUCACUCUUUUGUCCUCUACCACAGCAAUAGUCCUCGUUGGGGAGAAAUUAUCAAAUUGCCUAUCCCCAUUGACAGAUUCCGGGGCUCCCACUUGCGCUUCGAGUUCAGACAUUGUUCCACAAAGGACAAAGGGGAAAAGAAACUCUUUGGCUUUGCAUUCUCACCCUUGAUGCGUGAUGAUGGCACCACCCUCUCUGAUGAUAUUCACGAGCUUUAUGUGUACAAGUGUGAUGAGAAUAGCACAUUUAACAACCAUGCUCUAUACCUGGGCCUGCCCUGCUGCAAAGAAGAUUACAACGGCUGCCCUAAUAUCCCCUCUAGCCUCAUCUUCCAGCGCAGCACAAAAGAAUCUUUCUUCAUUUCUACACAACUCUCUUCUACCAAACUCACCCAGAAUGUGGACCUCCUUGCUCUAUUGAAAUGGAAGGCCUUUCCAGAUCGGAUCAUGGAUAUCCUAGGGCGGCUGCGGCAUGUCAGUGGGGAAGAAAUUGUUAAGUUUCUGCAGGAUAUUUUAGACACACUGUUUGUGAUUUUGGAUGAUAAUACAGAGAAAUAUGGCCUGUUGGUUUUUCAGUCUCUGGUUUUUAUCAUCAACCUGCUCCGAGACAUCAAAUAUUUCCAUUUCCGACCUGUGAUGGACACAUAUAUCCAGAAGCACUUUGCUGGAGCCCUGGCAUACAAGGAGCUCAUCCGCUGUUUGAAGUGGUAUAUGGACUGCUCAGCAGAACUGAUUAGGCAAGAUCACAUUCAGGAAGCCAUGCGGGCCUUGGAGUACCUUUUCAAAUUCAUUGUACAGUCUCGAAUCUUGUACUCUCGAGCUACAUGUGGGAUGGAAGAGGAGCAGUUUCGGUCCAGCAUUCAAGAACUUUUCCAGUCUAUCCGAUUUGUGCUCAGUCUGGACAGCAGAAACUCAGAAACACUCCUUUUCACUCAGGCUGCACUCUUGAAUUCUUUCCCAACUAUCUUUGAUGAGCUGUUGCAAAUGUUCACUGUGCAAGAGGUGGCAGAGUUUGUGAGAGGGACUCUGGGGAGCAUGCCCAGCACUGUGCACAUUGGGCAGUCGAUGGAUGUGGUGAAGCUGCAGUCUAUUGCCAGGACAGUGGACAGUCGCCUGUUUUCUUUUUCAGAAUCCCGCCGCAUCCUGCUUCCUGUGGUUCUCCAUCACAUUCACCUUCACCUGAGGCAACAGAAAGAGCUGCUAAUCUGUUCAGGGAUUCUCGGCAGCAUCUUCUCCAUCAUCAAGACCAGCUCUCUGGAAGCAGAUGUCAUAGAAGAGGUAGAGAUGAUGGUGGAGAGCCUCCUGGACGUGCUCUUGCAGACUCUACUCACCAUCAUGAGUAAAUCGCACGCUCAGGAGGCGGUAAGAGGGCAGCGGUGCCCGCAGUGCACAGCCGAGAUCACUGGCGAAUAUGUAUCCUGCCUUCUCUCAUUGCUUCGUCAGAUGUGUGAUACCCAUUACCAACACCUUCUGGACAACUUCCAGAGCAAAGAUGAACUCAAGGAAUUCUUGCUGAAGAUUUUCUGUGUAUUCCGAAACCUGAUGAAGAUGAGUGUCUUCCCUCGGGACUGGAUGGUAAUGCGGCUGCUUACUAGCAAUAUUAUAGUCACUACUGUCCAGUACCUGUCUUCUGCACUACACAAGAAUUUCACAGAGACAGAUUUUGACUUCAAGGUGUGGAAUUCUUACUUUAGCCUGGCAGUUCUGUUCAUAAAUCAGCCAAGCCUUCAGCUAGAAAUCAUCACCCCAGCCAAGAGGAAGAAGAUUCUAGAUAAGUAUGGGGACAUGCGUGUGAUGAUGGCUUAUGAACUGUUCAGCAUGUGGCAGAAUUUGGGUGAACAUAAGAUCCACUUUAUUCCCGGAAUGAUUGGUCCUUUCUUGGGGGUAACCCUGGUCCCUCAGCCAGAAGUGCGGAAUAUUAUGAUCCCCAUCUUUCAUGACAUGAUGGAUUGGGAGCAGAGGAAAAAUGGCAACUUCAAACAGGUGGAGGCGGAGCUGAUUGACAAGCUGGACAGCAUGGUUUCAGAAGGGAAAGGUGAUGAGAGCUACAGGGAGCUCUUCGGCCUGCUCCUGCUGGAGAAGGUUGAACAGGAAACAUGGCGUGAGACGGGUAUUUCCUUUGUUACCUCAGUCACCCGCCUCAUGGAACGCCUUCUUGACUACAGGGACUGCAUGAAAGGAGAGGAGACAGAGAACAAGAAGAUUGGCUGCACUGUUAACCUAAUGAACUUUUACAAAUCUGAAAUUAAUAAAGAAGAAAUGUAUAUCCGAUACAUCCAUAAGCUUUGUGACAUGCAUUUACAGGCUGAAAACUAUACAGAGGCUGCAUUCACCCUGCUCCUUUAUUGUGAGCUGCUUCAGUGGGAGGAUCGGCCACUGCGGGAGUUCCUGCAUUACCCAUCCCAGACCGAGUGGCAGCGGAAAGAGGGGCUAUGCCGGAAGAUCAUCCACUACUUCAACAAGGGCAAGAGCUGGGAGUUUGGGAUCCCACUAUGCAGAGAGCUGGCAUGUCAGUAUGAGAGCCUCUACGAUUAUCAGAGCCUCAGCUGGAUUCGGAAAAUGGAAGCCAGCUACUAUGAUAACAUUAUAGAGCAGCAGCGCCUGGAGCCUGAGUUCUUUCGGGUUGGCUUCUAUGGCAGGAAGUUUCCAUUCUUCCUUCGGAACAAAGAAUAUGUGUGCCGGGGCCAUGACUACGAGAGGCUUGAGGCCUUCCAGCAAAGGAUGCUCAGCGAGUUUCCACAGGCUGUCGCCAUGCAGCACCCCAACCAUCCGGACGAUACCAUCCUACAGUGUGAUGCCCAGUACUUGCAGAUCUAUGCAGUGACACCCAUUCCAGAUUAUGUGGAUGUUCUGCAGAUGGAUAGAGUACCAGAUCGUGUCAAGAGCUUCUAUCGAGUCAACAAUGUGAGGAAGUUCCGCUAUGACAGGCCUUUUCACAAAGGCCCCAAGGACAAGGAGAAUGAGUUCAAGAGCCUGUGGAUUGAGCGUACCACACUGACUCUGACCCACAGCUUGCCUGGCAUCUCUCGGUGGUUUGAAGUGGAAAGGAGGGAACUGGUGGAGGUGAGCCCUCUGGAGAAUGCCAUCCAGGUUGUUGAGAAUAAGAACCAGGAGCUUCGAGCCCUGAUUAGCCAGUACCAACACAAGCAGGUGCAUGGCAAUAUCAACCUGCUCAGCAUGUGCCUGAAUGGUGUCAUUGAUGCAGCUGUCAAUGGAGGCAUUGCACGCUACCAGGAGGCCUUCUUUGAUAAAGAUUACAUCACCAAACACCCAGGAGACGCAGAGAAGAUUGCUCAACUCAAAGAGCUAAUGCAGGAGCAGGUCCAUGUCCUUGGAAUUGGGCUAGCAGUCCAUGAAAAGUUUGUACACCCAGAAAUGAGGCCUUUGCAUAAGAAGUUGAUCGAUCAGUUCCAAAUGAUGCGGGCCAGUCUGUACCAUGAGUUUCCAGGUUUGGAUAAACUAAGUCCUGCAUGUUCAGGCUCCAGCACUCCCCGGGGAAAUGUUUUGGCAUCACAUAGUCCAAUGAGCCCUGAAAACAUCAAGAUGACCCACCGGCACAGCCCCAUGAACUUGAUGGGCACAGGCCGCCAUUCAUCAUCCUCUCUCUCCUCACAUGCGUCUAGUGAAGCGGGAAACAUGGUGAUGAUGGGCGACAGCUCCAUGGGCGAGGCUCCUGAGGACCUGUACCACCACAUGCAGCUCACGUAUCACAACCCCAGGUACCAGGGCUCAGUCACCAACGUCUCUGUUCUGUCCUCGUCCCAGGCAAGCCCUUCUUCCUCCAGCCUGAGUUCCACUCACUCAGCACCAUCCCAGAUGAUUACCUCUGCUCCUUCCAGUGCCCGAGGCUCUCCCUCUCUGCCAGAUAAGUACCGCCAUGCCCGGGAAAUGAUGUUGCUGCUGCCUACACACCGGGACCGCCCAAGCAGUGCCAUGUAUCCAGCAGCCAUCCUGGAGAACGGACAGCCACCAAACUUCCAGCGGGCCCUGUUCCAGCAAGUAGUUGGAGCCUGCAAACCCUGCAGUGACCCCAAUCUGUCCAUGGCUGAGAAAGCGGUGCCAGCAGCCCCCAGCAGCUGGAGUCUGGAUAGCGGAGCCCACGAGGCCCAGCCCUUCCUGUCUGCCCACAUGGGGCACAUCCUGGCUCCCCCAGUGCCUCCCCGAAGCCUGCUGCAUGGUCAUUAUUCCCUACACUUUGAUGCCUUCCACCAUCCUCUGGGUGAUAACCCCCCAGCCCUCCCUGCCAGAACCCUGCGCAAGUCACCUCUCCAUCCCAUCCCAGCCUCCCCCACAAGCCCUCAAUCAGGCCUGGAUGGCAGCAACUCUACCCUGUCUGGCAGUGCCAGCAGUGGUGUGUCAUCCUUGAGUGAGAGUAACUUUGGGCACUCCUCCGAGGCCCCACCUCGAACCGACACCAUGGACUCCAUGCCAAGCCAGGCCUGGAAUGGCGAUGAAGACCUUGAGCCACCCUACCUCCCUGUCCACUACAGCCUCUCCGAGUCGGCUGUCCUGGACUCCAUCAAGGUCCAACCAUGCAGAAGCCACUCAGCCCCGGGGUGCGUCAUCCCUCAGGACCCCAUGGACCCGCCUGCGCUGCCACCCAAGCCCUAUCACCCCCGCUUGCCAGCCCUGGAGCAUGACGAAGGCAUGCUGCUGCGUGAAGAGACCGAGAGGCCGCGAGGCCUGCACCGCAAGGCCUCACUGCCUCCUGGGAGCACCAAGGAGGAGCAGGCCCGCAUGGCCUGGGAGCACGGCCGAGGGGAGCAGUGAAGGGCGAGGAGGCAGCUGCCACCUUCUGUGAGCAGCUGACCCAGCACUCCAGGUCCGAAAAGCAAAUCCCUCCCAGGGAGCUGGAGAGGCUUGGCACUCAGGAGAGAACCGCCUCGAGUCUGUUCUACUGCCGUGAACUCACGUGCUGCCAUGUUCAGAGGCCACAGCAGCAUGAAGGGUUGUGGUAUCUUUUUUUUCUUCCCCCUCCCCCCCCCCCGCUUUCCAUUUCUAUGAAUUUUCCUUUCUUUUCCUUUAUGCAGUAGAUGCUUUCUUCCUCCUGCAGUUCCAGACUCCAUGGAGCUAAACAGAGAUAUUGCACAGAUGAAUUGCUUUACAGCAUUGCAGGGCCCAGGAGCAGGAGCGCAGGCUCUCCCUCCAGGGCUGAGAUGCACAGAAGAAUGGAAAUUGCACUAGGGACCUCUUCCUUUGCUGUGUGGACAGGAAAGUUCAUGGUUGCAUUCAGGGAUUGCGAGGACCACAUGGGCUACAGGUCACAGGUGGACACAAAGAGGCCACAAGCUGUUUUUGCACAAAUGCUUGUCCGCCUGCCCACUCUUCCAUCCAGGAGUGUGCAACUGAGGGGCUGGUCAGGCCAACCUGCCAACUCAGGCACGUGACUAGCCUAACUGCAUGCCCAGGGCACACUGCCAGGCUUCCAUGGGCCAGCCUUGUCUCCUGUUCCACCUUGGACUUGUCUCAUCAUUUGUAUUUGACUGGUUGUUCCCUUCCAAUCCAAACACCUCCAGAAGCCUCCCCGGUGAAUGGAUCUGCAGGGUCGUCUCCCACCCGCCGAGGCUUGGAGCUCUGGAGGAGCAGAGCCAGAAGGACUCUCACUCCUAGAGGCUAGGCCCCCUUCUCAUGUGCUAGAGAGAGAUGGUGUAAGAGUGAGGCUUGUGUGUGGCAGGGGCCAGAAAGCUACUAAGCUUUCCCAGGUGACUAGAACGCCUGCCAUGAGCUCCUGAAUCAGGGAUUUUCAGCACUACCUCUGAGCCAUGGGGUUGGCUGCCCAGCCAGGCUUCCAGGCCCUGAGGACGUGUGUGGGUCACAUGCAGUAAACUCUUGGGUAAAAGGGGUGGGAGGAAACUUCUCCCUUUGGAAGUAGCCGAACAGAAUUGUCAUCUUCCAAGUAGCCAAGUAACAGCACCCCGCACUAGGCCCAUGGGGACCACCACUCAGGGUUCAUUUGGGGUGGACAGGACGAUAGUUUCUCCACCCUCCCCAGUCUGUUGGGCAGGGUGCAGUGUUGUCUUUAUAGGAUAAACUCUUUCAGGUCAGGGCACUGAUUUUUCCUCUUGGUGUAUUAUUUGGGGGGGGGGGUCGGACAGGGUGGGGUGGGUAUAGUACUAUUUUACCAGGGUGCUUCUAAGUUACUUUAAAAAAAAAAAGCUGUCUUUAAGACAAAUUUCUUCUUUCAUUUGCUUGAGUUCACAUUACUACUGACGGUCAUGAUUGCCUUCUUAUUGCACAGGUGUGUUGCUGCCAGUUCCUUUGGCCUCUAUGGCCAGGCCCUGGACCCUAAUCCUUCAUCCCUUCCCCACAACCCCUUUCCAAACAGAAAAGGCCAUCGAUCAAGGUGUUUUGCUCUUGUAAGCAAAUGCCGACUUGUUUUACAGCAAUGCCAGCAAGUAACCUAUGGGGAAGGACGGAGGUGUCUGUCUGGGGGUUAUGACCAGCGAGGGGCUUUUCUCAUCCAAUCAGGAUUACUCCACGCUGCGUGGGACAGGGGCUACUCAGGAGUGGACAGUCAAGGCAGCUCCAAGCUCGAAGGGCAGACCUGUUCCUGAGCCUAGGGACCAUCUGGGGUUCACAUAGGUCAGAGGGUCAGGGGUUAGCUUUGCAUUUGAUUCUUAGAUAGGACAUCUUUAGAUUUUUUCAGGCACUUCUGACCCUCACGUCCCCAGAUCAGGCAGUUACAUGGAAGAUACCUACCUUGCUCUGCGUUGGUGGCCCAAGAGUAAGAGAGGAGUGUAGAUUCCUUGGCCUUGUUUUUCCAAGGUGAAACAAACUUGUGUUUUUUCCUCCCCAUUUUCCCUAACUGGAUGAAAUGGACACAUUCUGAUACCCUUUUGUUGGAGAAUCAGCCAGUUGGAGGGAAAAUAGGAGGCCGGAGAUAAGAAUCCUUUGAAAAGAUUGUGAAAUACUGAUUUUCAUUCUUUCAAGCUUAUUUGUAAAUACCUAUUUGAAUGCUGUGUAUUUGUACAGGAAUUUGAGCAAAAAAUGUAUAGAGUGUGAUGUCCAAUUGGUAAUCAGCCCUAUAAAUGUGUUUUUAACCUCUGGCAUUCUGUGCUUAUUUAAAACAAGAAGACUAACCACUUCCUUUGUGUAUUCAUGUCUGAAGAAAAAGUGGUUUAAUUUACCUGUGCCAGAAAAGUUAAACAAAAACCCUUUGUACCAAUGUCCCGAGAGAUUCUCUGCUGUAUAUAUUGUGGUAGCAUGUUCGCCAUCCAGCCAGUGAUGUGAAUGUCAGAUGUAAAUACCUGCCCCUGGACUCUGCUCCCCGCUCCCUGGAUGCUGUGAUGUGAAUUAAAGAUACAUACCUGA